AUGCGUGACCAGAACCGCUUCUCCAAGCUCAUCGUUAAUGGCGUGCCCGAAUCGGCAGAAUGGACUUCCGUCCGACAAACGAAGAACUACCAAACCAACUCGGGUGUUACGUCCGUCACUAGUCCCGACAUGCGCUGUUUCCAGAACCGUCCUGGAACGGGUACUGCCGUUGUCGCUGCUGGUGAUAACCUUGGCUUCGUUGCCGAGACAUCGAUCACGCACUUCGGACCAGUGCAGUUCUAUAUGGCGAAAGUACCAGAUAGUGCGAAUGUCAAUACGUGGGAGCCGGCGGGUAACGUUUGGUUCAAGGCGGCGAGUAUCAGCGCGGUGGGAAAUCCCUUGACGAGUGGGGAGAGCACAUGGCCUGCGUAUGGAAAGUCGCAAGUACAGUUCCAGAUCCCUAAGAACGUGCCGAGUGGGAAGUAUCUUGUCCGUGUAGAAUCCAUCGCUCUCCACCAAGCUCAGUCAGUCGGCGGCGCGCAGAUGUAUUUGUCUUGUGCGCAGGUCGAAAUUACCGGGGGUGGUAAUGGACAGCCUGGGCCUCUGGUUGCGUUCCCUGGAGCAUACAAUGCAAACGAUCCUGGGCUGAGGUGGUCGUACUAUCCGAUCGCUACGAGCUACACUGCGCCUGGACCCGCUAUAUGGAAAGGCAACUGA